AGCCAGGGAGAGCGCGCCUCUUCGCCCGCCCGCUGGGCCGGGGCUACGAUUAGGGCUCCGUGGCGGAUUGGUCUCCCCGUCUAGCCGGCGCUCGGCGACUUGUUGAGAGGCGCCGCUCUUCCGUGCCCCCCAUGGAGGAAGACGUUCUGGACAAACUCGAGGACAUGGCGUCGGUGCAGGACUUCGAUCCUCUCACGGGCAGCAUCCCUGCCACCAAAGUGGAGAUCACCGUCUCCUGCAGGAAUCUUUUGGAUAAGGAUACAUUCUCCAAAUCUGACCCAUUGUGUGUGCUAUAUACUCAGGGCAUAGAGACCAAGCAGUGGAGAGAGUUUGGCAGGACUGAAGUCAUCGACAACACCUUGAACCCAGACUUUGUGCGCAAGUUCAUCCUUGAUUACUUUUUUGAAGAGAAGCAGAAUUUGCGUUUUGAUCUUUAUGAUGUAGAUUCCAAGAGUCCUGACCUGUCCAAACACGAUUUCCUUGGUCAAACGUUCUGCACCCUGGGGGAGAUUGUUGGAUCACCAGGAAGUCGCUUGGAGAAGCCUUUGAUGAUGGAAACAUUUACAUUACAUUCCAAAACUGGGAAGCCUAUGCCGUCUGUCUCCAAUGGAGGAAUUCCAGGGAAGAAGUGUGGCACCAUCAUCCUGUCAGCUGAAGAACUGGGCAACUGUAGGGAUGUAGCCACAAUGCAGUUCUGUGCCAACAAGCUGGACAAGAAAGACUUCUUUGGUAAAUCAGACCCUUUCAUGGUAUUCUACAGAAGUAAUGAGGAUGGAACGUUUACUAUCUGUCAUAAAACUGAAGUGGUGAAGAACACUCUGAAUCCAGUAUGGCAAUCAUUCGCUAUCCCUGUGCGAGCCUUGUGCAAUGGAGACUAUGACAGAACUAUAAAAGUAGAGGUGUAUGACUGGGAUCGAGAUGGCAGCCAUGAUUUCAUUGGAGAGUUUACAACCAGCUAUAGAGAACUGGCACGAGGACAAAGCCAGUUUAAUGUCUAUGAGGUGAUAAAUCCCAAAAAGAAAAUGAAGAAAAAGAAAUAUGCUAAUUCAGGAACAGUAACAUUGCUCUCGUUUGCCACCGAAUCAGAACAUACGUUUCUAGACUACAUCAAAGGAGGGACACAGAUCAAUUUUACAGUGGCCAUUGACUUCACAGCUUCCAAUGGCAAUCCUUCUCAGUCUACCUCCCUCCAUUAUAUGAAUCCAUACCAGCUCAAUGCAUACGCUAUGGCACUGAAGGCUGUUGGGGAGAUCAUCCAGGACUAUGACAGUGAUAAAAUGUUCCCAGCGCUUGGGUUUGGAGCCAAGAUUCCCCCCGAUGGGCGUGUGUCUCAUGAGUUCCCCUUGAAUGGCAACUCUGACAAUCCUCACUGUAGUGGAAUAGAAGGAAUCCUCGAAGCAUAUCACCAGAGCCUCAAGACUGUGCAGCUCUAUGGGCCAACUAACUUUGCACCGGUGGUUAACCAUGUGGCUAGAUAUGCCUCAGCUGAGCAGGAUGGCUCCCAGUAUUUUGUUUUGCUCAUCAUCACAGAUGGUGUGAUAUCAGACAUGGCUCAGACAAAAGAAGCAAUUGUCAAUGCUGCAAAACUUCCGAUGUCUAUAAUAAUUGUGGGUGUUGGACAGGCUGAAUUUGAUGCAAUGGUGGAACUGGAUGGAGAUGACAUUCGGAUCUCAUCUCGUGGAAGGACUGCUGAACGUGACAUCGUCCAGUUUGUACCAUUCCGAGACUACAUUGACCGUACAGGAAACCAUGUCUUGAGUAUGGCACGGCUGGCUAAGGAUGUGCUGGCUGAGAUUCCAGAUCAGUUCAUCUCCUACAUGAAGGGGCGUGGCAUCAAACCCAAUCCAGCUCCACCUCCUUACUCCCCCACAAGCCACACCCUUCAGACUGAAAUCUGAAGAUCAGGUGAAGAAAAGAGCGUUUUGAGAGAGAUGUGUCCAAACACCCAGUCACUCUUUGGGAUCUGUCUAUCUGUUUUCUGAUCAAGGCAGCAUCACACCAGUGAGAAAAUCCACAAAGUGUUCUCUUUCCGAAAAAGUUCAUAUUGAGAACUGUUUAUGCUGAAAUGCUGGCACAGCAAGGUGUUUAACUGGUAGGACAUUUCCAGUUGGGAAAAAGGAAAAGGGGGGGGGAGUUGUUUUUUAUUUUUUAAAAAGGACAUGCUCACUCAUUGGUAAGCUUCCUCAUUUCCUUUUGGGGAAGUAACCGAGACGGAGUCUAGUAUGUCAUCGGGAAGUUUACAUGAUUCAUUUUGCUUACGGUAUGUGUGAUGGGUUUCCAUAAAUCUUCCAAGCAACCCUUCGCUCUCCUCCUCCCAGCAUCAAGAAGUUUUGAAUUACUGGGGAUUUUUUAUAGCCUGUGUAUAAUCUGCCUGCCACAUUAGGCCUUCUGUCUUUCCUUUGUAACAGCUCAACUUCUGGAUCAACCUGGCAGGCUAAAUAUUGUGAUCAAGUAUCUGUUUGAUGUCAUGUUGGUGCUACUGCUGGUUCUUGUACUGAACCCUCUCCCUAGCUUGCCUAAUUCCCUUUAUUGUUUGUAAAUCUGCUUUGGCAAUAGUCAUGCAGCCUGGAUUGUUUUGUUUAUUAGUAUAUCUUAAUGCCUCCCUUAAGUCUCUCUUUAAUUUUUGUAAAGCUCUGGUUUCCAGCAUCUACCUGAAAACCACUUUCUAUCUUGACUUUGAUAUCUGACAUUUCUGUCCAAGGUAUCAAUGAUGUAUUUGGAACAUUAGAGAAGAAAAUUAAAACUGAGCCUGGUUUGUUUAAAUACCUUAUUGCAGUUUUGUCUGUCAGGUUAGCAAUAUAACAUUAACAACAGUCUACUCAUUCAGAGCAAACAGAGCUGCCACAUGAAAACACGGAAGUGUCCAAAUUUCAAAAUUUGCAUAUGCAACCCAGUAUAGAGUCCCAGAAACUCCUCAGCAGUUUCAUCUUCCCUAGUGGAAAGUAGAAUCAUGGGGUUGGAUGGGAUCUUGGAGGUCUUCUAGUCCAAUCACCUGCCUAGGGCAGAAAUCCUCAUGCCAUCCCUGAUAAAGGGUUGUCCAGUCUUGGCUUGAAAACCUCCAGUGAUGGAGACCCCCUGAGUCCCAUCAUGCUGAAUUUUCAGCCAAGCAGCUUUCCAAUUCUACCACCACCAAGAUCAGAUAUUCCAGAUGAAAAGCCUGUUUGGAUUCUGCUCAUGAAUAAUAUCUCUUAGGAGCAGCAUAUAAACUUCCUCUUGCUCAUAAAACAGUUUGCCCAUCUUGAGACUCCUUCCAGCUCUCUAGACCUGAUUUUUGUAUUGCUAUUAUUAGCCAAUUAUUGUACAACCACUCUUGUAGCUGGUGCUCUCUUUCCACAGGAGUACCAGCUGUGGAACAGUUCCCUCUCCAGUGAUGGUGCCUAAACUGUUCCCAGAAGCUAUGGAUUAAGCUCUAGGAGAAAGGCAGAGGUCAGAAGUGAAAACAAAGAUUAUGCUAAAUUCCUUCUCAGGAUUAAGUGCAAUAGUUGAAGUUUCUGAGGAUUUGAAUAUAUUGAUUAUAUAGGCCAAUUAAGAAAAUUAUGCUGAAGCCUUCACUUUCCAAGUGUUGACCCUCAUUUGGCAAAGGAUGUACUACUUGGCUUAAUUAUUUGUAGCACUCAAAUAUGCCCCCCCCCCUUUAACUGGCUGCUUUGUAGAAGUUCAAAGAAGGUCCACUUCAGAGAGCUCACUCUUUGAAUCCUUCUGAUCUUUUAAUAAGAUUUGCACUGCAGCUGGGUGGCUAUUUUGCUCAAUUGUAGGGAAAGUGAAAGAAGUAUUAAGCAGUAGCUGAGCAAUUGUGCCCAACUGUCUCCUUUAGAGUGGUAAAACAAGUUGCUAAGCACUUUUUUUGUUCUACAAUUAAUUUGUUUAGGGUUGAUCAAAAUUUAACAAAGGUACUGUUAACAUCUGAGGGAUUAUCAGAUUUUAUAUAGUGGAACAUCAUUCAGCUCUCUUUUUGGCUGAAAGUGUGCACAUCUUUUGUUAGCUCAAUGGCCAUAUUAGGAUUUGCACAGCACAUACUUCCAAAGUGGGUGGUUCCGGGACCUAUUUUGGGAGAAGGGUAUAUGGAAUAUAAGGGAUGCCAUAGGUGCUAUAAACAUCAAGGUUUAAGGCAUCCAUUUUGCCCCAAAAUGCAAAGAAAAUUUGAGGAUUUGGGUGCUUUUGCUCUGCUGGGCCAUGAGAGCCACAAAAAUGAUGUCGGGAGGCUGCAUUUUUUUUUUUUUGCUCCACUGAUGUGAGGGACAAAGGAGUCUGUCUACCUAACAACACAUCAGAUCAUAUGAACCAGUUGGUCCAGGACAGUUCUGGUCCAGAUUUUGUAGCAGGCAGACAUCAGUUCAAAAUGUCUCACACUCCUGAAAUAAAAUGAGUCCCACUGUAAAUAGGAAUAACACAGGAUCCUGCAAACUUCUGUAGGAGCCCAGUGUGCUAAUUAUUUCUAGGCAUCCUAUCUUACAAGUAAUUUUCCCACAAAUAAAACGAUCAGGUAAAUUGGGACAAGGUGGACUAACCCAGGGACUGGAAUGAGAGAAAAAAUCCCUAUCUGUGGAUCAAAGAUUUCUUCACUGUUUACAUUACUGCACCAACACAGAUGCUAUACAAAAUUACAAGAAGAGGCAUGCAUUUGGAGUGUCCUUUCCCACCAUUUCAGCUAUGUUGGAUCCAAUUUAUAGCUGUCUUAAGUGGUAUUAUUUUGCCACUUAACUCUAUAGUACAUAUUCUUUGCUAGUGGUUGUUUUACCCAUAAACUAGUCAACAUUUUUUUAAUGUUUUCCAGAGUUCAGUAAUGGGGAUCUUUUGGUGCUUACUGAAAAUUGCUGGAUUUGGGCAGCUGAUAAUGACUGACAGUCUGCUCAGUCCAGGACCUUUGUUGACCCCAACUAGCUGGUGAAAUUAACUUCAGCUAGAAAUUCUUGGUCUGGGGUUGGAAUUAUUGUAUAAAACUACCCAGCCCAUAUGCUGAAUAACAUAAACUCAGGGAGAAAUCCUGAACUAUUCACAAUAAAUGAGAGCUCUGUUGUGCAGUUUGCUUUGGGCUGUGAAUUAUACUCCAAAAAAAUGUAACGUCCACAGCUAUAUGGUCUUCCACCCCUCAAAAGAAAUUAUUUUCUUUGUCUUAACACUAUUCAAACAUUUCUCCCCCCACCCCACCCCAUCCUUUUCAGAAUCAAAACUUCCAUAAGGCGACAGUGGGAAGGAUUGUGGCCCAAGUUCUGAAUGAGCAGAAUGUUUGUGCAUGCUAGUUGUGCCCCAUUAUCUAUCUGUGCAUUGCUGACAUCAGUGAAAAUACAGCUGGUGGAUGUCAUUUACUCUGCAGUUCUCUGUUCUGCAUCUUUGUACAAGCAUGGUGAAGCAUGUCGGAACAGUCUUGCUCUCACUUGUUGAGCGGAAGAGCAAGGAAACCUACAUUGUGCAAACUGAUGCUCCAUUGAGUAAGGAUGUAAUGUUUGCAAGAGAAAGGUAUCUGACACAGAGGUCAGCUUUUUAGCUGGGCAAAACUGCUGAAUCUCAGCCCCAUAGAAUAGCUCUGAGUUGUAAUGGAAACAACAGAGAUUCUUUGUUGUUCCUCAUUUGAAGACAUACAGUCUAUUGCCCAAAUCAAAACAUCAUCUAAUUACUUAACUUUCUUACAGCCACCCAGCAUGUUUUCACCUAUCUCAUUUUCUUUCUCCAUUGAUAGCAUUUUUUACUUGCAUGGCAAUGACUUUUAUCUCUUUUAUGCUACUGUAUUCUAUAUGUUGAAUGUUUGAUGUAAUAUGGUUUCUAUUGGAUUGCCUUAAAUUGAAAUAAAUGAUUUCUUUUAUUUAAA